GAUCGGUUAUCCACUUAUCCCCCACAUGCUCACGCGGGUCACACGCGUCACGGUACCCGAGUAGCAACACGGCCGGGCCGGCAGUCCGGCACACACCGACACCGACCGUCGCCUUCGCCGUUACCUCCGCCGCCGUUGCGUUUCAGUUUCGCCGCGCCGCCGUUAUCCGUACUAAUACUAUUGUUGUAGUGGUGUUGUUGAGGAGUGCCGACGACGAUUCCGCGUCCGCGUCGUCGUCAGCUGUGUUUGUCGCGGCUGUCGACCCUCGUCGACGGUAGUGUUAUUAUUACUACAAUAAUAAUUUCUACGUAUAACCAUCUUCGUACACAAGUUAUUAUUAUUACCCGGUAAACGUAUUGUUACCCUAUAGAAGUGUCGCCCGCUCGUCUUCGGUUCGUCUCGAGUUCUAGCGGUCCACCGGCCAUUCAAUACCUUAUUAUAUUGGCUAAUAAACAGUGGUGUGAGCACAAAGUGAGUUUUCGCGGCCGAGUUUUGAAUUCUCGUUCGCUGAUCGGAUCGACGACAACGAUAUUAUCAUCUUGUAAACCUGUACGCGCUUUUGAAUACCUAACUGUCUUGCCGGCCGGAAAACCGCGGGAUUCGCGUAUAGUGUCUACCGCGCUUUGUUGGUCCAGAAUUACUCGCAUCGCCCCGUCCCCGCGUGCCUGGUGCAAACCGUCGACGGCACGAAUAAUCGAAGCUUUAAGGACGUCGGCAUGCGCCCAGUGAACCGAACAGAAAAUCUGGAUUGGAUAUGAUGAUGGAAAAAAUAAAAAUAUAUUUAUAUAUAUAUUGGGUUCUUUACUUGGCUAAGUAAACAUAGGCUUUUCGCAAACUUAUUAGUGUAAGAGUGAAAUUUGCUGAUUGUGUCAUACUGUCAUUAACUCUUGAACUUGAAAUACAAUUUACAAAAUAUCUCAGCAAUCAUAUAAUGACGCCAGAAAUUCAACUGAAAAUAAUGUGGUCUGAUAAUUUUUUUUUUUGAUUUCAAGGAUUUCCAAACAAAAACUGUUAUAUUUAAUAUAUAUACAUAUAUAUGUAUUUAUAAUGUUCAAUUAAAUCUAUUUUUUUUAAUUUCCAGGAAGCAGAAGCUUUUAUUUUUGUGAUUAAAAUUUCAUAUUGGUUCGACUUCCAUGGUGGUGGUGGGAAUUUGAUGUUUUCAGUUUGUUUCUACUUUCAAUUAUCUAUGUUUCAUCUCUUUUAAUUAUUAUAUAUCUUCUUUUUUUUAAAGAUGGUUAUAACUUACACAUUUACUUGUAGAAAUGAAACUUAGCUGAUAUUAUUCUAAGAGCGGGUACCUAAUGAUGGACGUAAUCUAUGAUGAACAAGGAAAUUUCGAUCAUCAGAUUUUUGUCACCUACAAAUCGCAUAUAACUUAAAUAUGAUUAUUCAAGAUAUCUUUUGCUGAUAAAUUUGAAAAUUAGAUUGGAUUAUGAUAAAGCGUUAAUAUUGCUUUUCAAAUUGAUUUAGUAGCUAAAUAAUAUUUAAUAUUAUCUGUUAUCUACCAUGAGCGUUAAUGUUGGUCUUGAAGACUCUUAUCAAAAUAGUCACAAUGGUGCUUUUCAAUCUUGUAGACCCAUUAAAGCUCUGAUGAUGUAUGUACAACGUAGAAAUUCAAUAAUGGGGACUGAAACAUGUGACAACAAUAUUAGGAUGCCCUCAAAUAGUUGGUCUGAUAGUACAUCGCAAAAUAUACAUCUCAAAUUAACAUGCCAAGGAACAUAUCUUAAAGAUACAACUACAUGGUCAGAUAUGCAAUACGAAGCGGAAGAUACAGUUAGUGAAACAAAAUAUUAUUACCCAAAAAAGAGGUUUUUGGAAAAAGCUGAAAUGGAAGCAGAUCAAAUUGAUAUGGCAGAAAGAAAUUUAUCUACUCGAAAUCAAUCUCCAACUAACCAUUUAGGAGUAUCUACUAAGUGUUUAAAAGAGACUAUUCUGCAAUGUCGUAAUGCUUUCAAGGAUGAUCCCAAAAAGCCUAAUACUGAAGCAUCCGAGUUCCUACAGCGUACUUUUGGUGAUGUUACCAAGAAUAAUAAUAUAGACACUGAGGAAAAUAUGAAUCUCUGUGUUCAAACUGCUCAAAAUCAAAAGACUGAACCAUAUUAUCGGUCUGGGUACAAAAAAUUCACUUUAAGACGUAAUGAAGAAGACUCAAAUGAUUCAAACGUUAUAGAAACUCCUACAGUGGUUGAACAGUUACCAGUUAACUUAAGUGAACAAAUUGAAGUAAAUGAACCAAGAGGAAGAAUAAAUAGGGCUUGUAAAGGAGUACGUUACCAACAAUUCAUGAACGAUACAUUAUCAAAACGUCAAAAUAAAAAAAUGGGACCAAAAAAGUUAGUAAGCACUGGUGAUACUGUUACAAAACGUCGCAAGGGUAAGAAAAAUAACAUUAAAGAAGAAAAUAAUCAAGCUCCUGACAUAAAUUCAUUACCUAUUCAAUCUCGUCGUGAAACAAGAAAUAGUGCCAAAGUAGCUGCACUGCGCAAAUUAAAAGAAAAUAGUGACGAAAUAAUUGAAGAUAAUAAAAGAAAACUGAUUUCUGAUGAUAUAACUAAAGAACUAGAUUCCACCUCAAUUAUGGUAGUUCCUAAAAAACGUUUCAGAACAAAUGAAAAUGACAAUAAAUGUGAAAUUGCUGAGGAACCAAAAAGACUGCCAUCACCAAUAUCUUCAGAAACUAGUUCCAGUAGAUUGUCAAGUCCAGAAUCCAGCGCCAGUAGUACCUCUACACAUGUUCACUAUAAAAAGCGUGUAUCGCGAACAUUUGCUGAAAGUCAAAGUAAUACAAAUUCAACUUCGUCUGACUCCAAUGUCAACUUACAAACUUUGGCAGAUGUUGCCUUGCGAGGUAUUCCACUUUGAUUAUCGAUUAACAAUUAUUACCAGAACUAAAAAAAUACAUACCUGAAAAGUGGUUCAGUAGAAGAUUGAUAUUCUCACUGGCCAUCAUUUUUAAAUAAAAACACUACCAAUUAUUUGUUAAACAAAUUUUAGAUAAAUUGAUUUGCAAUUAGAAAUUUGUAUGAUUUAAUUCUAUUGUAAUUUGUUGGACAAAAAAACGGGCCAAAAUAUAUAUUUUAAGUCCAUUUAUAUUACACUUAACAAUUUUAGUACAAUUUUCUUGUUUCUCUUAAUAAGUUAUAUUUUUAUUUGUUUUUUCUUAACUAUUUUUUUUAACCAUUGCCUACCUAAAUAAUAAUUUUAUAUAUUGCUCAAAAAUAUGAUUGUGUAUAAAAACAAAGCAACUGUUAAAAUUGUAUGUGUUAUAUUUCAAAUGUUAUUAUGCUCAAAGUUUUAGUUAAUUCAUUUUAUUCUUUUUACUAUUAAAUAGUAUGUAAAUGUAGCAGUAUCUUUUUAAAAAUCCUGUCUAUCUUGUUAAGCUAAAUUAAGAUCUGUGUAAAUUAUGAUGAAGAUCAGUCAUUCCUAUUUGUAUUACUAUAAUAUAGUAUAUUAUACACUUUCUAUAAUAUUUUCUCAAAGUUGUGUCUAAAUUAUUUUUUUAACUCAAACUUUCAAUUAUUUACAAGCACCUUAAAAUUUGUUUUUAAUUAAUCCACGCAUUAAUAUUUUUAAUGUACAUAAUAUUGAUCUCGAAUUAUGUAUUCCAUUAAAUUUACAUAAAUUGUUAGGCAUGUUUGAAUAUUACCCAAAGUACUAGACAAUUUAUAUGUUUAAAUUAAAUGAGCAAAUAAAUUCCUUUAGAUGAAAUGGUCACUGCCAUCAGUAACGUAUUAUAUUUUUCUUUUAAAAAAAAACUUGAUACUUAUUAAAUGUUUCUUUUUUCUCCAUAAUUCGUAAAGAUUUUUAUUUUCAUUUUAACAAACAAUUUAUUUUAAAUAUAACUUCAAGCUUUUUGUUUUCUCAAUCAUUUUUGUUAGUUACCUCUACAUCAAUGUUUAGAAUUACCAUUACCAAACAUGUCAAUUAUAGAGUUACAAGUUCCUUUUUUUUUUUUUUUUUUAGCCAACCAAUUGUUUUUAGUUAUUUUUAUUAAUUUUGUUUGCAAAUCAAAGGAUAUUAGCAGUAUUUGUUUCUUGUUAAAUGUUAUAUUUAAGUUAAAUCUACAUUUAAUAAAUAUCUUAAAUGUCUUUUAGUUCUAAAAUGUAUUAUUAAGAAAAAAAUACCUAAGCAAUACUAUUGUUCCAUAGUAUAAAUUAAUUAUGUUUUAAUUAUUAUUAUUAUUGAAUUAUAACUAAUUGCUUUGUCUAUCAUAUUGUACAUUUUGUAUUAUGACCAAAUGGAUAAUAGUUAUAUUAUCAAAAAAAAAAUGGUCAAUUUGUACUGAUUAAGUUUGACCAAAGUGAAACACCACCCUACUUGCGAUGGGUUUUAUUGCAAUUAAUAAAUGUUGUGUUUAAUUUGUUCA